AGAACGAGUCUCGGUCUGGCUUCUCGGGUGCGUUAACCGCGAAGAUGUCGAAUCGUUUCGGUGCGAGACACGUGUAAUUCGAGGUGCAUCAUCGCGGCUCGAGUCCCAGCACACGGGCGCAUGCCAGAAGCGGUGAGUGUCGGCGAAUUGUUCGUGGAAACGCGCGCGAAACCGCCCGUGGCGCCGACACGCGCCCAGCCCACGGCCUCCGGUGACCGCGCGGCGACCCGCCAACCCAAGGAUUCACCGAGGAUCGAUAAGGAGGCGCUGUGACCCACCGGAUCUCCAAAGAUCGCCAAAGAUCGCCGUUCGAUCGUCUCCUGGACCGAUCGCGCACUGCACGAGACGAAGGUUGCAUUCAGGACAAUGUCUGGAAGUUGCCACCUGGCGCCCUCCACUAGAGCGUAUGUCUCAAAAUGUUUUCGUUUAUCGACUAGAUCGAGUAGUCAAAUGCCUUCCAAGUUCUCCGAGUUGCCUUUUUGUUUGCGAGAGUACUGGGAAAAAUGUGAGGGUUACAUCCGGCACAAUGCUCGGAUAUCGUCGCCAGACACCUUCUGUCGUGGCACGCAACUGUAAAUGUUUACGUUUAUGGAAUAUAUUGAAUAAUCAGACUGCUCCAGUUUCCUGAAGCACCUUUUUGUCUACCUUGAAUAAUUUAAGGGGACGGUUUGCUGAAUUAAUAUUGUGAACGCUUAGGACAGUAAUGCCUGCAGUAAGCAUUCGUGAUCCAGUGGCGGCAGCGCUCCGCCAUUCUUUGGAGUCUGGUCAAUCCGAAACAUCGGAUGACCUGUCAAUCUCCUUAGCAGGGGGUGCCACGCGUAUACUGCAAACCGAAAUUGAAUACGAGGAGACUCCUGGCUAUCGGUCGAGCGUACUCGACCGACUCAAAGCAAAAUAUAUCGUAGUGAGUCUACCCCACGCAGAACGUUCCGAUAGUACUAAAGCAAAGGACGCUAGUAAUCUUCAAAAGUGCGAGGUAAAAGAGAUGGGACCUAGUCUGCCAGAGCCAUCGGUUACGCUCUAUCCUGCCAACAAGGUCAAUCUAGGUUGGAAGGGUACGUUUCCAGUUGGUGCUGGUAUGUAUAACGUAGGUAACACCUGUUACCUUAAUAGCACCCUGCAGGCACUGUUCCAUGUUCCGGCUUUAGUCAAUUGGUUGCUGUCUGAUACGCAUCACACCUCAAAAUGUGAACAGAAUGACGGCGGAGGAGAGUGCCUUACAUGUGCAGUGGCGAAGACUCUGCAGUUCAGUCAUCAGAAGUCAGGAGGGGCCAUCAAACCCUUUUACAUUUAUAACAAACUGAAACUGAUUUGCAGAACGAUGGUGCCAGGGCAGCAAGAAGAUGCGCACGAAUUUCUACGCUAUUUACUCGAAGGAAUGGAAAGGGCGUAUUUAGUUAGACAUAAAGCAAUUAAACUCGAUAAUUAUUCCAAGGAAACCACACCGGUGAAUCAAAUAUUUGGAGGUUACAUACGUACCGAAGUGAAAUGCCUACAGUGUCGACAUGUCUCGACAACUUUUCAGCACUUCCAGGAUCUACUGGUGGACAUUCGGAAAGCAAGUACUUUAGACGAAGCACUGACCGGUUACUUCAGCAAUGAACAGUUAGACAACAACGACUAUAAGUGCGAGGCGUGCAAACGGAGAGUGCCAGCAACGAAGCAGUUCAGUUUGGAGCGCCCACCGAAAGUGCUUUGCGUACAGCUGAAGAGAUUCAGUGUCCUGGGCGGGAAGAUCUCGCGACAUAUCGAUUUCAAGCAGACCGUAGACAUGGGACCGUACCUCUGGAAGGAGCCAGGUGAACCUCCGAGAACGUUGACCUACAAACUCAUGUCAAUAGUCACGCAUAUGGGUCCUUCGGUCAACUGUGGACAUUACACCGCUGUUGCUCAGGUCUCCUCUGGACAGUACUACUCUUUCGACGAUUCUUGCGUUCGACCGAUAACCAUAAGCAACGUGCUCAACACGAACGCGUACAUAAUGAUCUUCGAGAUGGAGUCGCAGGCGCAGAAUCAACUCCAGGGGAAACAGUCGGUCAAGAUGAACGGCGCGGUGAUCAAGGCGACUUCGCCGCAAGCCAACGGGGUGAACAAGGCGAUCGCGUCGAAGCCGUCGACCUCGGGGGUGGCGGUCUUGAACGGAGUGACAAACGGCAACGCCAAGAGCAGAGAGAGCUCGGAGGACCCGGCGACCGGGUCCCAAUCGGCGGCACACAAGAGCCCCGGGGUCCAGCUUCCCGCCCAGAACACCAGCUUCAUCGGGCCCCAAUUGCCACCAAAGUCGGUCGAGAAGCCUCAGCCUAGGUUGGUAAUGCACAUAAAAAAUGGCAAGGUGUUAAACGGCAACAGUCUGGUGCCAUACGACGGCUCGAGCGAAGAGGAGGGCGAGAGCGCGUCGAGCAAGACCUCCGUUGUUGCCGGCGUCGUCUUGCCGAAAACCGCUCCUUCGAGUGCCGCCAACGUUGGCGCGCCAAGGUCCGCCCUCGGUGCGAGGGAAGUCUCCCCGAAAUUAUUCCCCAGCGCGAAAGACACGUCGAGGCCGGCGAAGCUCGCCGGGAACGGCGUUGUCAAUUCGAGCCUGAAACCCAAUCUGAAUGGCAUUCUGCAAUGUACAAAGACUCACAACGGAAACACUAACGACAAUUCUCUUAGCCCCCUGAAACACCAAAAUGGAAAGUCCGAGAGCAACGGGAAGGCGGAGGUUAGUCUUAAGGAAAAGUGGCACCAUCCGGUCCGGGUCAAGACGGGACAGGACGAGAAGGUCGUCACCAAAGCGGCGAGCAGCAUCAAGGGGUGGCAGGUCUCCAAAGACACGCCCUCGCCGACGUCGACGACCACUCCCAAUGGAUGGUCCGUCACCGACAACAACUCCGCCAAGGAAGAUGCCGCCAAGCUGUCCAAUCAUGCCGCCACUCUGAGCGUCGCGGCCCCCAGGAACUUCAACGGGACUAAUCGUUCCGACACCGUCUCGCAUCUGCUCAAAAUGUCUCAUCGGGGCUACGGAAGCUCCUCGGUCGUUAGCUGGAACGGUGGGAGGACUCACAUGGAGAGGGAAGUGGACAACGAGCGAAGGGACGAGCGGAAGAGGCACUUCGACCCCGAGGACGAGGAGCUAGACCGAGGUCGGCUGAAGAAGGUCCGGAUGCACCGGGUAUACGAGGGCAGGUCGAACCCCGACUACAACCCCUUCCAGGAGUACCAGAACGGGAAAAGUUGGAAUCGUCCGCUCAGCGGGUACCACGGCCCUCGGAGAUACUACUACAACACUUCCUCGACUCAUCCGCGACAGCGGCACGGCAAUAACAAUUACAGGACGUCCCAGUAUAGGUACCACGGUCACCCUCGCGGCCAAUGGCAGCGCAGGUAGAAGAGCCUCGGAGAGGUUCCUCGACGUUCACCUCGGAGCGCGAAGGCCCCCCUGUACAUUGCGACCGGUCUUCGGGUCCGUUGGAACGCCAGGAAAGACUUGACCGUCGAAGACGAACCGAGAUAUCGUGUCUGUGCUCGCCUCCGUUAUGUCAAUGAUAAGCGACUCGUUCGUUGCAUUUCGAUUUUACCUCGAAUGUUCCUCAGAAAGACUGUUGGCUCGCUUCGCCUCUGCCUACUAGUCCUUCAUUUCGUGGCUCUGUAAGACGUCUCCCCGAAGGCGGACCGUUGUCCUGUAACUUUGCGCCGAAUUUUAUCAGAAGGGAAUCGAAGGUUCACGAGGGGCCGUACCUUAAAAAGUAUUCUACACGGCAGGGGACGCCAUUUCCCGAUUUCCCUCAACUUUCGUUCGGUUUUCACGAUGUUCCUCGGAUUUUCCGCUGGAUAACUGCCACGAAUUUCAGGUGCGACCACUUUAACGACAAUGUCGGGACUUUGGCUCCGAGUUUAGAAGCGCGGGAGGAAAUACCGACGUCUCGGAUUUGAGGUCUCCGUGGUGGCGUAUCGACGAUGCCAAGGCAAUCCGUCCUCCGUCUGCUCGUUCCUGGACGGAAGUAACGAUAAGGACUUUGAGAGAGAGAGAGAGAGAGAGAGAAAAAGAAAAGGCUGGUUGCAGGGCAGCGUCUUCGACGAGUACUUCAGAACUUUCCAAGAGAUAUAUUCAGACCUCGGCUCUAUAUAUAUAUAUUGUAUAUCGAGCUUCUGUAAAAUACCAAGCCAGAGCGACUAGGCACUUCUAGCGAUUUGCUUUUUAAACCUGUUCUACGAGUGCAAAUCCUCCGUGCAAAGUUGUGUCCCCGCUUUUUUCGAUGAUCCUCCAAAUGACGUUUCGGGUUUCGAAUUCCGCGGUCGGUGGGUGACCACCCGCAAGAUGGACGGUAAGGGGCGGUUAAGUGCGUAGGCUAAUCGGUAAAUAAAUUGUAAAAUAUACAUAGAUCUAGGGUCGAUUAGUUCAUUUAGAGCGUAGAUGAUAAGGGCUACUUACUCGAAGUCGAAGAGCCGCGUCGAUCGAGCUCGAUUAUGGGAGCCGAUUUCGAACGGGGAACGAGGCUCAAGUAUUUUCAUUUUCAAGCCGCGCUCUGACCUCGCGAUACCUCGUUAUGUCACGUUAUGGGUUAAUACUAGCCAAAAAAAAGCAGUUAUAAUUAAAUACCGAUAAUGUAACGAAUAAGUAAUAAUAACGCUCAUAAACUUGA